AUGGCAGACACAGUAAAUGGCAGAUUUUUGUCAGGUGCAUCGCGCCGUCGAGUUCUUAAUGCUGUCCUCCUAGGAGGAGCACUGCACGGAUUGAUUUGGCACUUGGUGAGCCUGGAUCCGCACUCUGAGUUCCUCAAUGCUGUUGGUAUUCUGAAUCAGAGAUACCUCUAUCGCAUUUCAUUUCUGUCAAACGUGUAUACUGGAGGUCAUGAAAAAUGUAGAAGUAACAGUUGGGAAGAAAGGAACAUCGAUGUAAGCCGGGCAACGAAGAUCAAAUUAAGCAUUUACUUCCUCGUCAGCGAGCUCAGCCCUGGCGACACGGCGACCUCCAUCACCACCCAGCACCGGCACCUGCACCAGGCGAUCCUUCCGGUUGACAGGUCUCGCGCGCUCUCACACCUGGCUACGUAUUUGUGGCUGUCUGUGGCUGUCGUGUUGGAUCCUAGAUAUAAGAUGAGAUUUCUUGAACAUUGCUUUAAACAAGCAUAUGGUAAUGGUGCCAAAACGUACAUAUCUGACGUGCGAGGAAAGAUUUACGAGCUAUUUUUCCGAUACAGUUGCCGUGCUGAUGAACCGAGUAGAAACAACAACGGCAUGGAGAUGAAUACUCAUGUCAGUGAUCCAUUGGAUUUCACAGAUCAGAAUUAUCAUGAACAAGCAACAUAUGAUGAUUCUUUGAGAGAACUCCAUGCGUACCUGGAUGGACAGCUCUAUUCUCCAAAUGAUGUCAACUACCUAAGCAGGGAAGCCUUAUCUCAGGAUGGCCAUUUUGAUAUUCUGAAAUGGUGGAAGGCCAAUGCUUCCAUAUAUCCAGUACUUGCUGCGGUCGCACGUGAUGUCUUAACAAUAUCUGGAUCUGGGGUCUCAGAACAAUCCGCAUUCGAUGAAACCGAUGAACGGGUGUAUCUAUUCAAUCAAAAGCUGAGUCAUGAGAUGGCGGAAGCUGUCAUCUGCACUCAGGAUUGGUUCCAAGAUUCAGAACCAGACCAUCUUGUGACUGAAUUUUACUCGUCGUGGGGAACAGAAACGAGCGACGCGGAUGGGGGGAACUCCACUGUGCCUAUUUAA